AUGGAUACAUCAGUUCAUGUCGCAAUGGAAAUUGACGAGCCACGAUGUGCGGAGACAACAUUGUCUGGUACAAAUUACGAAAAAUUACCAAAAAUAAACUAUUUAAGUAUAAUUGGAAGUGGCGUUGAUUUCAUUUUAAAACAUUUCAAGUUGUUAAUGACAUCGUCAAAUGUUUCGGACGAUCUUGAAAAUGAUUUGAAACGCGAAAAAACUUAUUUAUUUAAUGAAAAUUUAGACUUGUCGCAUAGAAUAGAAUCUGUUAGAGAGAGUGCAGCCCGUUUUCACUACAAAUUGAUAGACUUGAUUGACGAGUUUUCAAAAAUUACGACCUCGUGGAAAUCAAAAAAGUAUGAAGAUUUAGUAAAUGCUACGUUAGUUAGUGCGUCCGUUCUAUCCGACGAGCAGUGUAGUAUGGAGACUACAUUGUCCGAUGCAAAUGACGGAAAACUGCCGAAAAUAAAUUAUUUAAGAACAAUUGAAAGUGGCAUUGAUUUCAUUUCAAAACGUUUCAAGUUGUUGACGAUAUCGUCAAUGGUUUCAAACUAUCUUGAAAAUUAUAUUAAACGCGAAACAAAUUGUUUGUCUGAUGACAAUUUAGACUUGCCUUGUAGAAUAGAGUCUGUUAUAGAGAGUGCAGCCCAUUUUCAUAACAACUUGUUAGAAUUGAUUGACGGGUUUUCAAAAAUUAUGACCUCAUGGAAAUCAAAAAAGUAUGAAGAUUUAGUAAAUGCUACGUUAGUUAGUGCUUCCGUUCUAUCCGACGAGCAGUGUAGUAUGGAGACUACAUCGUCCGAUGGAAAUGACGGGAAAUUGUCGAAAAAAGUCUGUUUAAGAAAGAUUGAAAGUAACGUUGAUCGUAUGUCUAAACGUUUCAAGUUCUUAACAAUAGCGCCACGUGUUAUGGAUUUUUAA